AGGGGGGUGGGGGUGGGGCAUAAACAACAACAACAAAAAUCCUUGAGCACAAAGCCCUGCUCUGCGGACCAGAAGAAGAUGCCACCUGAGUCCUUCCCCACGUGACGUGGACGGGGCUAUUGCCACGAAGGCUGCAGGGGGAAGAAGGCGAGUCCGCAUGAGGCAAUGGCGCCAGGAAUAGACCGCUCCCUGGCGAAUGACCUUCCCCGGUAUCCCACCCCCUUUGCGUGUCUGGCGGGUCUGUAGGCCUGGCGUGUGCGUGGGAGCGUGGCCACGCGUGUCGGCGAGGCGAGCCAUGACAUCACCGGCGGAGACACAAAGCCAAGGGCGGCCGGCGAUGGGGAGAAAGAGGAUGCUGCUGAGGGCGCAGAAGGGGAUGCUGGUGGUGCAGAGCCCUCUCCCGGCUCCCGCCCGUCCCCGCCCCUGCUGAGGCCCAGCCCCAGGCCCAGGGCACCCCAGCCUCCCCGCCCCUCCGCCCCGCAGCAUGCCCUGGGGAGUGGGCAUCGCCUCGUCGCGCUCCUGCGUGGUGGACCUCAGCCGCAACCAGAGCCUCUGGCGCGGAGGGGCCUCGGAGGAGCACUUCUCCUUUUAUGGGGAGCUGGUGGCCUUCCCUCUGCAGGACUACGGCGGGAUCAUGGCGGGACUGGGGCCCGACUCCUGGUGGAAGAGGACCCUCUACCUCACCGGGGGGGCCCUGCUCGCCGCCGCCGCCUACCUGCUCCACGAGCUCCUGGCCAUCAGGAAGGAGCAAGAGAUUGAUUCAAAAGAUGCUAUCAUACUGCAUCAGUUUUCCCGGCCAAACAAUGGUAUUCCCAGUUUAUCUCCUUUCUGUUUGAAAAUGGAGACCUACCUGAGGAUGGCUGAUUUGCCCUACCAGAACUACUUUGAUGGGAAACUUUCCCCUCAAGGGAAAAUGCCAUGGAUUGAAUACAAUAACAAAAAAGUGUCUGGCACAGAAUUCAUCAUAGAGUUUUUGGAAGAGAAACUUGGAGUGAAUUUAAACAAGCACCUUGGUCCACAUGAGAGAGCUGUUUCGAGAGCAGUGACUAAAAUGGUGGAGGAGCAUUUCUACUGGACUUUGGCAUAUUGUCAAUGGGUGGACAAUCUCCAUGAAACUCAGAAAAUGCUUUCUCUCAGUGGUCCUUUCAGUGACUUGUUGAAGUGGAUUCUGUGCCAUAUAACCAAAGGAAUUGUCAAACGGGAAAUGUAUGGACAUGGCAUUGGACGUUUUUCUGAGGAAGAAAUAUACAAGCUGAUGGAGAAGGAUAUGCGCUCUCUAGCUGGUCUUCUGGGUGAUAAAAAGUACAUAAUGGGACCCAAACUUUCCACUUUAGAUGCCACUGUGUUUGGGCAUCUUGCACAAGCAAUGUGGACACUACCAGGAACAAGACCAGAAAGGCUAAUUAAAGGUGAACUGAUUAACCUUGCUAUGUACUGUGAGAGAAUAAGGAGGAAAUUUUGGCCAGAGUGGCAUCAUGAUGACGACAAUACUCCGUAUGAGUCAGAAGAAAGCAGCGAAGCAAGUAAGACACAUCCCCUGCAGGACUUCAGCUUUUACUCAAGGACAGAAACCUUUGAUGAUGAAGGAACUGAGAACAGCUUUUCCCGAACCCCUGAUACUGAUUACACAGGACAUUCCCUCUUUGAUUCUGAUGUGGACAUGGACGAUUACACAGAUCAUGAACAAUGCAAGUGAUGAGACCGAAAGAGACCUCCACUUGCAUCAGAAACACCAUCACCUUUCAAGGUUCAUGCCAGCUGCGCCAGGUUCAAAUGAGGGAUGACCUGUUUGGAGAGAGACCCUAGAUGCUGUUUUCCUGUGCUAUUUGGACCUUUUCAGUGCUCUUUCAUUUUGUUGAAGCUUUCCAAGGGAUCCUAGAUAGACAUUUUAAAAAUUUUGCUCAACAGGAUGGAGACAAGUUUACAAGGAAGGUAAUUGGGAUAGGGGACAGGGAUUUGCAUUAAAAGAAGAAAAUCAUGAAGAAGAAAGGAAGAUGCAGUGUAAAGUGAUGAAAAUGGCUAACUAGGGAACAGUGUCCAUCCUCCAUCCUCAGAUAUAGAUUGAGGAGAACUGAAAGGAGAGGGACCUCCUUAGACUCAUACAACACAGAACUCCUCAAAUGUGUUCAAUUCACCAAGGAAUUAUGAAAUUCCCUUUCCCAUUCAUGUCUUUUCACACUCUGGGUGUGGCAAGUGACUACUUGCUUUUUUGUGUGCAGAAGGAUUGAGAAAUAUCUUGUCUCCAGUUUAAUGGAGAAAGGACCAACUUUUUAAAAAAGUAGGAUGAGGGCUUUUUGGUGUGUAUGUGUGUGUGUGCAUUCAGAAUUCGGACAUGUUCUGAUGUGAUAAAUGUGCUUAAUAAUAUUUAACUUAUUUUGCAAACAUUUAAAAAAAGUGUGCUGAGUUUGACAUUUUGCCUGUUUAUAAAGUCUCCUGCCACACAGUGCGGUGAGGAAGGAACAGAACGCAGGAUCAAGUUGCACCAUUGAAGAAAUGGCUAAUGCUUUGGAAAGAAGAUGUGAUUCUCCAUGUCUAGCUUGCUUAGGGCCCCCAGGAGAUUAACUCCCACCCCCCAUCGUUAAGUCUGUUCCACACACGCAUUUAUCCCAAGUCAUAAUAAUGGCAGGUUUUCUGCUAGUAUCUAGUAAGCUGCACAAAAGGGGUUUUCUACUGAUGAUGCAUACAGAAUACAUCUGUGUGAAAUAAAAAUUGAAUCAAGUCUUGAAAAAGUUACUUUUGAAUGGCAACAUUUGGAAUCCUACUGAAGAUGCUAAAAGGUCUGGAUGGAGAAGUAUAGAUAAUAUUUUACUUCCUCACUUGCAGUGUGGCAAAAAUGUGGAAUGGGAAAGCCUGUUGAUUUUGUUUCAGAACAGUGUAGGCAGUGUAGAGUUUAUAUUUUGGAAAGAAAAAGUGCUGUUAGAUUUAUAUACUAUGACCUGAAGGAUCUUCCCUGAAAGGAUAUCUUGAAGCUAAUUAUGGUUGGGUUGCUGUGAGUUUUCUCCUGAUGUUUUGCUCACAUCUAUGGCAGGCAUUCUCAGAGGUGUGAGGUCUGUUGGAAACUAGGCAAGUGGGAUUUAUAUAUCUGUGAAAAGCCCAGGUUGGGAAACUAUAUAAGCCCCACUUGCCUAGUUUUCAACAGACCUCACUAUUUAUUUACUUACUUACUUACUUACUUACUACAUUUUUAUCCCGCCUUUCUGACCCUGAAGGGGACUCAGAGUGGCUUACAAAUUAUAUGUACAUACAAUAUAUUAUAUUAUUAGCAUAGCACAAUAUUAACAUUAUAUAUUACUAUAACUAUACCACUAUACUGUAAUAUUAUUAGUAAUAUUACAUGUUUUAUUACACAACUUCUGAGGAUGCCUGACAAAGAUGUGGGUGAAACAUCAGGAUGGAAUGCUUCUGGAACAUGGCCAUAUAGCCCAGAAAACUCACAGCAACCCAGUGAUUCUGGUCAUGAAAGUUUUCGACAAUUAAUUAUGGUUAAUCAAGGAGAAGCACAUGGCACAUGUUGAAAGAGAUUAUCAUGUUCAAUAGGUUCAGAAAACUGAAAUAUUGGUUUUGGGAGCUCUGACUACCAUAAUUUUGAAUCAUAGUCCAAAAGGUCGAAUUUUCAAGUUGUGAUCAUGUCAGAUGUAUCAGAGCAAAAUCUAACUUAUAUUAUUUAAGUUAUUUAUUUAUCUUACAUCUCACUCAUUAAUGCACCAGUUAAAUUCUGCUGUAGGGCUAGUUGGUCUGUCAGCAACCUGAAAAUGUGUUUAAUCAAAGUUUGCUGUUGUAACCUUCCUUUCUUUCUGUAUACUGAAUCUGAUUUAUAAUCUCAUCUCAUCUGCACAGCUGUUGCAUGCAGUGCUGAGAUCAGUACUAUUAAACUGAUAAGAGCCUUUCAGCAAUGUUAUCACAUAGAUGGAAUAUUUGGUUCCUGGGGUUUUCUUAAUCAUUUUAUUAUCCAUAUCUUCUUUUGAAGUGUUGCUGAUCCCAGAACCACAGAAAUCUAAUCACAGGGUAUGUUCAUUAGCGUCCCAGUGCUCAGCUGAUAGCUGUUAUGAACAGAAAAUCAAAGCAUGCUGUAAUUUUGGGGAGGUUAAUCAGACCUCAGUUUUUCUUGUACAAAUACAAAAUGUGCCUGAAAAGACAGAGAGGGGUGGUAGAAGUGGUAGGAAUCACGUGUGCCUUGUUUGUGACCUACUGAUUUGGUGAUGGAUCUCAACUGAGGCCUUAAAUCUAGUGAGCUGAAAGAAUAUAGGGUUGUCCUUUUCCUUUCCUCUAAACCACUGCAACUUUCCAAACUGAAUACAAGGUUGAAUCUCCCCUCCCCCUCUCUGGGAACGAUAGAGUCAGUGAGCCUUCUUCUCUUCAAUAAAAAAGAUAAAUAUUACCAGAGUGGCUUAGAAGUCCAUAUAAAACUCUUUUUGAUCUAUAUUAGGAUAAAAAAACUAGACAUGAUAUCAGCCAUACCAGUUUAACCAGAAGGAAAAAAUGGAGUUACUCAGUGAAAUCUGAAAGAUUUAGGAAAUAAAGUCUUUGAUAUCAGGUUGAAAAGAUUUGAGUGCAUUUCUGGGCAGAGUACUACAGGAGUAAGGUACCCAAGUAACAACUGUCCCCAUUUCCUUUGUCCCUAUUCAACUUAUGUGCUGGUGCCAGUUGAAACAGGGGGCCUUUAAGUAUGAUGAAUGAUCUCUGAAGUAAAAUUUAAUACAUGAAUGAAUUCAAGCUAUAUAAGACAGGCUGAGCUAUGCAUCUCAAAACGGGAGGAGCCAGGAAGGACUCAGUCCUUCUUUGACAUAGACUGAAAAGGUGGAGUCUUUCCAAAAUGACAGGACAAAAGUUGACCACCAAGAUUCCUUUGUAAAUGAACCCCUUCAGUAAUGAUCAAUCAGCAGUGCACUAAGCUCUUGUUAUUUUGCUGUAGCUCCCAUGGUACUCAGAUUGUUACCACUUUCUGUUGGAGGAUGGUAGUGAUGUUGAUUGUAAUUGCUUUAAUGGAAUGUAUUGUGUUUUCAUUGUUUCAUUGCAAACAUACUUGUAAAUAGUCUAAAUUGAUAAUGGCCUUCUUGCUAAUGUUGAGCCCACCCCCACACAUUAAAAACAGUUCUGGGGACCCUGCUCUGAUCUAUUUUAUUUAGGGGGAUACGUGUCAACUAGCACUGGAAAUAGAAUAGGGGUAGUGUAACUUUCAACUUUAGCAUAAGGCAACCCCACGAGAUGUUGCAGGCCAAGAUGGAGAAUCAGGUUGUGGCCAAGUGGAGCUCUGUUCUGUCUCCCUCCCCUUCCACUGAUAGGGUUCACUUGUUGCCUGAACUUCUUCCAACAGCAGCACUUAGGACCUCAUCACACUAGAGCUUGGAUCCACUUUAAAUCCACAGGGAGGGGGCUUUAAACAGCUCAGCCAGACAGGUCCUGGGCCUCACCAAACUACAAGCCCCAGAAUUCUGCAGGAGGCAGAAACCAGAUUUAAAGUGGAUUCAUGUUCUGGUGUGAUGAGGCACUUAGUGGUUGAUGGGGUACAGGGAGCAGUAAACAAGUAUACAAUAAGGCCCUUCAGCUAGACGCCUGACAAAGCAUACUCUAGGACCAGGUUAGUUUUAAUGGUGUGAGGUCAUUAUAUAAGGCAGUUAGUGAAAUUAUGCAUACACAACACAUAGGUGUUGUUCUGGGAUAUAUCACUGACUGCAUGGCAUUUAAUGUAUUAUAGUAUUCCAGAGCAUGGACUUGUCAGUCAACACAUUUGAAACAGUCAGGGAUUGGACAUUAACUGCUUGAAAACCCCUAGAUAAGGAGACUCUACCACUCUGUAAGGCAGCAUAUUCUACUGCUGAACAGCUCUCACCAUCAGGAAGUUCUUAAUAUUUAGGUAGAAUCUGUUUUCAUGCAAUUUGAAUUCAUCGCUCCAUGUGCUAGUCUCCAGAGCAGCAGGAAAAAACCUUGCCCUCUCCUUUCAAAUAUUUAAACAUGGCUAUCAUGUCCCCUCUCAGCCUGUCUUUUCUCCAAGCUGAACAUACCUAAUCUGCUGUUCAUAGGACUUGGCUUCCAGACCUUUGAUCAGCCCCCCAGAUCUCAAAGGAUUUGGGCAGGGCAUGUAACAGGACCAAGCCAUUCCAAGUACCCCAUCAAACUAUCGUCCUCAGAGAAUUCUAAGUAUCUCAUCAACCUAUAAGUCCCAAUAUUCCUCAAGACUGAGCCCUGAAUAUGCACUCCUACUCUAAAGCAAUCAUUCACAUUCUGCUAUUACACCACUUAAACAUCAAACCGAUCUUGUCUUUACUGGGCUUGAUCCAAGGUCUAAGCUACAAGAUGCUAACAAAGUUGUCUAAUUUGGCUAUGGGGCUUUUGCACAUUCUAUAGGAUGGUCUCAAAAUAUAUGGUAAGGGCAAAAUUGUAUGUUACCUACCAGGAAUUACAAGCAGUCCUUAACAUUUAAGGAUUUCACUUUUGCAAAUUUGACUAUUCACAGAUUUGAUUAAUAUGUUUUCUCUAGGAAUCUCAAGGUCCUCCAGUGGAACUCUAGUCAAUUUCCACUGGAAAUUGAUGCUUUCUUUAGGUAUUUAGAGGUCCUUCAACUCUUCCAAUGGACAUUGGUGCUUAAGUCUCAUUGGGAGACCUAGAGAUUCCUAAGGAAGUUAAAGCAUUUUCAAAUUCGCAUUUUUUCCACAUUUAUGGGUGUCCUAUGUGCCUAACCUUGGCAAAUGUGGAGGAUUGUUUGUACUCGCUACCUCUUUCAGAGGCUGUGGGAGCCAGGAAAUAGGACAUUUAUUCUCCAAACUUUAUUUUGUUUAGAGGUGAUCCAUCACAAUGACUGCUUUUCAGUUCCUUUCAGCAAAUAUGAAGCUGACCAAAAGCGUUGUGAGCUGUGAUUCAACCUCUUGAUUCUAAGAUCAUAGGGUUUCAUAUCCUUUUUAAAGUGAUAGGCUUUGUGAUGGGUGGAGACACUGAUGAAUAUUUUGUUUCAGAUAUUUUGUUUCAGAUAUUAUGCAAAUUUAGUAAAAUCCACAAAUCCUUUCCUAGUCAGGUUGGAAAACAAUCAAUCUUUAAAACUGGAGAAAUUUAUGUAGCUAGAUCCAUCAAUCCUUUGAGUGUUUAUCUCUUAAAACUUUGGGUUUGGAUCCCUAUAUAGUGAAACAGAUUAGGGGAUAGAGGUAUUUCCCUUCUCCUAAAGAGCUACCUUCAGGCACUAUGGGCCAAUGUCUGUUAAAACCACACACUAUAAAUCCUGCAAAAAAAAAUAGUGCUGUGGACAUUCCUUUUGAAAAUAAAUUGUCUCCUCUUUGUUUAUUAUUAUUAUUAUUAUUAUUAUUAUUAUUAUUAUUAUUAUUAUUAAAAACAAUAAUUGAAAAUUGCAUGCCCUUCAAUAGUCCUGAUUUGGUAGUGAAAUUCCUUUUUUAUCAUGUCAGAAGCAACCUGAGAACAUAGUGCAAGUCGCUUCUGGUGUGAGAGAAAUGGCUGUCUAACAGACACGUUACUCAGGGGACGCCCGGAUGUGUUACUGGGAGGCUUUUCUCAUGUCCCCACAAGCUAGAGCUGACAGACGGAAGCUCACCCUGUCUCGUGGAUUCAAACUGGUAACCUUCAGGUCAGCAACCCACCCUUCAGGUCAGCAGUUCACAAGGGUUUAACACAUUGCGCCACCACGGCUCCUAGGGAAAAUCCUGAUUAAUUCUCUUUCAUCUCCAUUUUAAGAUACUUUAAAAAUAUUUGAGAUUCUGUCUUCACCACCCACUUUCUCACUUUUUCCUUUGUUUACUUGAAUUACAACUUGAACUCAAAAUGAAAACAUAGUUUACACCAAUAAGCUCAGCUAGGUUUGUUUGAUUCAAAUCUUGUCCCCAGGGGGCUCGAGCAGAAGCAAACUCCAGCAGCCUGUCCUGAUUUGCGUGUCCUUCCAUGUUAGUAACUUUGCCGGAUCGAACACACUCUGAUGUCGGUUGGCCCCAUGCAUCUCAGUUUUAUUUACAAAAUGUUGAAGAGAUGAAAUUAUAUAUGCCUCUUUCUAGACUGAACAAGAAAUUGCUGUACAAUUGAAGUGCAUUGUAUGUGUGCUAGUGUAGAUCUUUUGGAUGUCAUUUGUUUUUAAAUCUUCUAAGCACAAUGGGUCUUUCGCUCUCCCUGUCUCUGCCCCGGCAUUCUGUCAAUCUGUAGAGUAAGUUUGAGGAGGCAAAGCUCCAAGAACUGAAAGAAACAACAAAUGCCAUAGCAUUAUGUCUGUAGCACACAACAUUGUGUUUGCUGUAUCUCCCCCACUCCUUUUUUUUUUUAUAAGAAUGCAUGAAUGUAUUUAUCACAUCACAUGCCUUUUAUUUCUUAGGAACAAAACUCAGGUUAUUUUGGAAGAAUAAGCAAAUAACUUGUUUCCUUUUUCCUGAUUAGUCCAAUUCAACUGAUUUUUGAAAUGAAAAAUUCUGGAUGGAGAUAGAUAUGUAUCUAAAUGCAUGCCUGUCAGGUAUCUAAACCUAUUCAUAAAAUAUAGUUACAGAAGAAUUGUAAUUGCAAAAAUUGUUUAUUUAUUAUCUAUAUUUCUACAUUUUCUUUUCCUCCAAGUUGGAACUCAAGGAGUACAACACAGCUAAAACACCUACAAUAUUAAAAUAUUAUUACCCAUAUAUACUUGAGUAUAAACUGAGUUUUUCAGCCCUUUUUAGGACUGAAAAAGCCCCCCUCGGCUUAUACUCGAGUGAGGGUUCUGGCUGGUUUAUAUUUGGGUCAGCUUAUACUUGAGUAUAUAGGUAAUCAGAAUUGCACCAUCUUAUCAUAUUAAAGUUGUCUUAUUAUCUUAAAUUGCAGUUUUAUGUAAAUAUUCAGAAACAUUUAACCUACUGCUGCCUCAAUUAAUGUAAUUUUAUUGGUAUCUAUUUUAUUUUUCAAAUUUACCAGUAGCUGCUGCAUUUCCUACCCUAGUCUUAUACUCUAGUCAAUAACUUUUCCCAGUUUUUUGUGGUAAAAUUGGGUGCCUCGGCUUAUUAUUAUUUAUUACAACAUUUAUAUCCCGCCCUUCUCACCUGAGAGGGGACUCGGCUUAUAUAUGGGUCAGCUUAUACUCGAGUAUACAGUAUAUGGUACACUUGUUACAUAGUACUAUAAACUCUAAAAUUCAAGACUCAGACCAUAUUAUAAAUUGUAAUUUAUUUUUCUUAAAAAACCCCCCAGCAACUUAGAAUUACAUUGUAGAUGAAUAAAAACGUAAGAAAGACUGUAUCACCGAAACCUUAAGAAAUGUCAAAUAUUUGAAGUUUUUUAUGUUCCUCUAACUGUUUUAAACAUUCCUCUACUUUCUCGGGGGAAAUUCAUUGAUCAAACAAAUAUUUGUUUUUUAUAUGAGUAAUUUAUUAUAUGUGAUACUUAUAUACCACUAGAUGUAACAUUUUUCCAGCAAUUGCAGGACUGCAAAACUGAAGGUUGUGAAUUUUUUUCUUUAAAAAAUAUGCUGGAUUUAUAGGGAUUUGGCAUUCUAAAUCUGUUCUAAAUCCGACUUUGAAUUUGCUCAAUCAUGUACAGGUUUUCCAGUUUGCUUUAAUGUUUCCAUGUUGUGAAGUAGAACUGAACAACUCUAGCAUUUAAAUCAGUAAUGUUUAAAAUUCUGUUAGAAGCGAAUUAAGAAUAUACUGCAAGUUGCUUCUAGUGUGAGAUAACCGGCCAUCUUACAAAGAUGUUGCCCAGGGGACACCCAGAUGUGUUGCCCCCUGUGGGAGGCUUCUCUCAUGUUUCUGCAUGGGAAGCUGGGGCUGACAGAUGGGAGCUCACCCCGUCAUGUGGAUUAAAACCACCAACCAGUAAUAACAUUAGUGAAAGAAACCUCUGCGUAGCAGCAUUUUUACUGUGUUUUUUCAAAUUCAGCACCCCCAAAAUACAUUGAAACAGCUACACAUUUGGGGGGGGGGGAAUCAUUGCAUCCCUGUGAUUCGGUAAGCCAAACCAGUAUAAGGAAGUCAUGGGUUUCCAGAUGCAUCAGCAAAUGUGGUAACUAAUUUGUGAAUAAAGGUGUUGAAUGGCUCCCCUUUGUUUUUCUAAUUUUGUUGUUCACUCACAAAAAAAAAAGUUAGAUGUCAAAUGAACAUUACACUGUAAACAUGUUGGAAACACCCAGUGCAGAUUCACUGCUGAGGUGCUGCUCCUAUCCAAUAUGAAAGUUAUUACAAAAAGGGAGGGGGAAAGGAAUUCAAAAAAACAGAUGUUUCAAUAUACAUGUAUAUAUGCAUGAACCAAUACAAUGCUUCCUAAUAUCUAUACCAGGCAUAGGCAAACUUGGGCCCUCCCUCCAGGGUUUUUGGACUUCAACUCCCACCAUUCCUCACGGCCUCAGGCCCCUUCCUGAGCUUAAGCGGCUGAGGGGGAAAAGGAAAGGGCCUGAGGCUGUUAGGAAUGGUGGGAGUUGGAGUCCAAAAUCCCUGGAGGGCCUAAGUUUGCCCAUGCCUGAUCUACUGGUGCUGUGCUGAACUAGAGAUUCCUAGGGUGGUGUUCUCUCAGGCUUUAAAAAUGUGAUUUUUUUAUUUGUGGUUUUCCCACAUUUCAUAGAGCACAAAGCGGAGACCUAGUGGUCUAGAUCCCUGCUCCUUAAACUGUGGGUCCUGACUCCAAAUGGGAUACCCUUCACUCAAAGUUGGGGUUGCGAAAAAUUUGGUAACACUGAAAGGUUUCUGAAUGCCACUCAUUUACACAAAUCUAUUAGCAACGGCGUGCAGUGUUUACAGUAGACUCCGCAGAAAAUGCUUUAGCUGUAUUCCACAAAAAGGAAAGUCAGACUGUUUAGCAAGUCUUACAAAUGCAGGUUUGUUAUCAAUUAAUGUUUGAUUUUUAUACCUAUAUACUUUGGGUCAUUUAAACAUUUCUCAGGCAGAAAUGGGGCACUAGUGAAACGUUUAAGAAGCUCUGGUCAUUUAUUCCCAAGCAUUAGUCCUUUAGGUGUUUUAGACUACAACUCCCAGAAGCCUUAGCUGCCUUCCAACCAUCAGGGAUUCUGGGACAUGAAGUCCCACAUGCCUGGAAGCUUAGAGUUUGAGAAACACUGAUUUAGACAAUAACAAGGCCAGGUAAGAUGGACAGGUUAGAUCAGCCCCUGGGGACCCCUGGGGGAGUCGCAAGGGGGGUUCAGAGGGGUCACCAAAGACCAGUAUUUUCUGUUGUUCAUGGGGGUUCUGUGUGGGAAGUUUGCCCAAUUCAAUCAUUGGUGGGGUUCAAGAGGCUCUUUGAUUGUAGGUGAGCUAUAAAUCCCAGCAACUGCAACUCCCAAAUGUCAAGGUCUAUUUCCCCCAAACUUCACCAGUGUUCACAUUUGGGCAUAUUGAGUAUUUGUGCCAAGUUUGGUCCAGAUCCAUCAUUGUUUGAGUCCAGAUUACUCUCUGGAUGUAGGUGAACUACAACUCCCAAACUCAAAGUCAAUGCCCACCAAACCCUUCCAGUAAUUUCUGUUGGUCAUGAGAGUUCUGUGUGCCAUGUUUGGUUCAAUUCCAUUGUUGGUGGAGUUUCAAAUGCUCUUUGUUUGUAGGUGCAUUAUAAAUCCCAGCAACUACAACUCCCAAAUGACAAAAACAUUCCUCCCCCAGCCCCACCAGUAUUCAAAUUUGGGUGUAUCGAGUAUUUGUGCCAAAUUUGGUCCAGUGAAUGAAAAUACAUCAUGCAUAUCAGAUAUUUACAUUACGAUUCAUAAUAGUAGCAAUGAAAAUGAAGUACCAAUGAAAAUAAUUUUAUGGUUGGGGAUCACCAUAACAUGAGGAAUUGUAUUUAGGGGUCGCAGCAUUAGGAAGGUUGAGAACCACUGGGAUAGAUGCACAAACAAAACUCCUGUGAAGUGGGACAUGACACCUCUGUUUAUCCCCGAGUGAUAAACUCAUUCCUGAUUGGGUUGUGCUACAUGCAGACCAGAUAUAGGAAAGCCUUUGACCUUCCAGAUGUUUGGAAUGACAGCUCUCCUAAUGCCUUAGCAGUUACCAUGCCAGGUCCAACCAUCUAGAUUACCAAAGAGUUCUCAUCUCUGAGGUAGUCACUACUGAAAGGAUGACUGUUACUGAUGGAUAAUUACAGUUAAAUAGGUAUUUGCUGGCAAUGAAUAACCGUGUAGCCUCCAUGUUUUGCAGUCCACAUAGUAUUACAAUAACAAGGAGUUGUCCAUCAUCUGUCAGGGAACAAAACAGCUGCUGUUAGUCCUGCUGACCUUUCACAGAUUACUCUAAGGCGCUGUUAAUGCAAUGAGAUUUUAUGGGUGUUUGUCUUUGUACUAAUAACCAGAAUCUGGAAAAAUUACUUUUUUGGAUUACAAUGCCUAGAAUCCCCUGCAAACUACCUGGACGAUUCUAGGAGAUGUAUUUCCCCAAAAGUCAUAUCUUCAAGGUGGAAAGAUAAUAAUGAAGUAUGUGAUUGCCCCCACCCCAUUCCAACCUCUUUCCAUCCAUUUGCCUGUCUGCCUGCCACUAUGGGCUCUAUCUGGCACAGGAAAUUUCUUACGUCUGAGCCUUUCCUCCUUAAUCAUAAGUGGUGGAAAUUAUUAGAAGACAAAAUAUUGCAGAAGCCAAGAGUGCUGCAAAAUGGGGACAAAAAAUGAGUAUUUUAAAUCUCUUAUAAAACUUGACUACUUCUCUCUGUGUGUAUGUGUGCUCACUCCUUAACAGGGUGUAGGGGUGGGGAUGAAUAUGAGAAGUGCUCUGGUUUGACAGGUUUGAAGGUUAUGCCGGAGGGUUUUCUUUUGUUCUUUUCUUGCUGCUGUUAUUAUCAGGCGAUUAUGGGUCUUUUGCUAUCCUUCGGUUUGACAUCUUGAGGAUUAGUGGGGUCUUUGUGCCGAACAGGAGCUAUGAUGCACAAACCACUUUGUAUGAUACCUUGUCUGCUCAACCUAAUAUGGUGCUAGCUGUGUUUACCCUGUUCUUCAAGGUGAGAAGGAUCACAAUGUGAUGGGGUGCAUUUUGUUUCUGUUGCCAUCGAUAGUCACAGAUUUUCUAAAAUCCAACAAAAGAAAGAGUUCAUUGUAUAGAGUUAUUUUGAAUAGAAAAACAUGACCAUAAGGUGACAUUUUCUUUUUAUUGUCUGAGUUAGAAAAGAUUCUAUGAGUCUUUUCUCCAUAUGUUUAGUGUUGGAAACAUAUUUAAGUAUAGUUUAACAAGAGAGUGUUUGCAAUGUCCAUCAGGACAUAGUUAUAUAUAAUGUUGAGCAAAUGGAGGCGCAUACAAAAGCUUUGUUGCAACUGUAUGGUUGGAAAAUGUCACCAUGUGGUGUCUUCCUUUGGUUACAAAUGAUCAUAUCGGUGCUCUUUGGAGCUGGUGCCACCAUUUGUACUGCAUAAUAUAUGUGGUUGAAUUAAAGUUCACUGCAGAAACACACAGUGGAAUUGUAUAAACAGCAUGAGUUGAACAUGGUGGUAAUCAUGAGAUUAGCAUAGAAUUGCAUAUAUACAUUCAGUCUCAAAUUAGUGUUCCUCAAUGCUUUGAAUGCUGUUCCAAAAGUACAUCCUGUCCAACAUAAUGCUAUGCGGAAUGAGUGCAUCUAUGAUGGAAUAUACACCAUAUCCUCUAUUCUAAAAGCCUAUUUUCUUCACUCACAAAAAUUAUCCAUUGAGGUACCAAUAUAAUGUGGCAACCAGGAUUUGACUGUUGUUGCUGCUCCACUCCUGUGACUUAACCUCACCCAAUGGAAAGGAGGAUUUGUUGGCUUGUCUCAUUUUCACAGAACUUUGUGUUUCUUUGUGUGCCUCUUUCACCAGCCUUCUAAAUUUAUUAUGCUUCUACUAUCUUGUUUAGGAUUAUAUGGUCUUUUUAAUUUUAGGAGAAGUGGGAAUUGCCAUGUCUUUAUGCUCAGAUGAUCUAAUCCAAGACUACUGGGGAAUGAGUGAAACCUGUGUUGCUGGUGUGAACUCAUGGAGAGCAAAUAUCAAACUGUUCCAUGUAAAAUGUUUUACUGAAAUAAUGAGGUAACAUGUUGCUAAAUGACAAAACCAAUGUUCUUGUUUAAUUUUAAAAGUUUGUGAACCCACAGAAGUCAUCCAUUAUUUAGACCUAUUGUUACUACUAGUUUUAAAAAAGCCAUAUUUAAACUUGUACACUUGAGUGUAACAUACAUUUAGGUUGUGCACUAUGUUGAUCUAUGUGUAUGUAUAUCUAUCUAAGUGUGUGUGGAAAAUCUGUAUAUUUGAUCUCAAUGCUGUACACAGUAGAUGUGUAAAUGAUAAUGAACAGGUAUCAAAUAUA